ACCACGCAGCGUAUCUCAUUCGCACACCUCCUCCCCCUCCGCCUCCCCCGCCGUCUCUCAUCCCCGUCUAGCACCACCGCCACCGCCUCCUCCUUCCUCAGGCCUCGCCGCCUCCCAUGAAACCCUAGUUCCCCCAAAACCCAACGCCGCGCCCGCUGCCAUGUUGCGGCCGCUCCAGGCGCCGGACUACAAGUACGUCACCGAGGAGUGCCUCCGCGAAUGGAAGGGCCAGUCCGCCGCCGCCUUCCGCAUCCCCGAUCCGGUCCCCAUGCCGCGCUUCCUCUACGAGCUGUGCUGGGCGACGGUGCUCGGGGACCUGUCGCCGCACAAGUGCCGGGCGGCGCUGGAUUCGGUGGUGUUCGCGGAGGAGGCAUGGCAGGAGGACUCCGGCUCGGUGCUCGCCGACAUCGUCGCCCACCUAGGGCAGGAUAUUACAAUUUCUGGUGAAUAUCGCAACCGUCUUGUCAAAAUGACUAAAUCAUUUGUGGAGUCUUCAUUGAUUGCGCCUAGGCUUCUUCAAGAGCGAUGUGAAGAAGAAUUCCUAUGGGAGGUUGAACAGAGUAAGUCAAAGGGCCAGGAUUUAAAAGCCAUGGAGGUCAGAGUCAACACGCGGCUUCUUUAUCAGCAAACUAAAUUCAACCUGCUAAGAGAAGAAAGUGAGGGCUACGCCAAGUUGGUAACCCUACUUUGUCAAGUCAAUUCAGAUUUGGCUUGCCAAAAUGCUUCUUCAGCUACUAUCAGCAUUAUAAAGUCAUUGAUUGGACAUUUUGACCUGGACCCAAAUCGUGUAUUUGACAUUGUGUUGGAAUGUUUUGAACUCUAUCCAGAUAACAGUAUCUUUUAUCAGCUUAUACCUCUUUUUCCAAAGGUAUUCAUUAGUUUUGAAUAA